UUCCGUCUUUCCACGUUCUAUGCUUUUCCUUUCUUCAGAUUAGGGUUUUUUUUUUUUUUUAUCUUCUUUGAAUUUCUGAACAACAAAGCGAGAGGAAUUAGAAAUGGCGGAUCAACUCACAGAUGACCAGAUCUCCGAGUUCAAGGAAGCCUUCAGCUUAUUCGAUAAAGAUGGAGACGGUUGCAUUACCACAAAGGAGCUUGGUACUGUGAUGAGAUCGCUGGGACAGAACCCCACUGAGGCGGAACUCCAGGACAUGAUUAACGAAGUUGAUGCUGAUGGGAAUGGAACUAUUGAUUUCCCUGAGUUUCUGAAUCUUAUGGCUAGGAAGAUGAAAGACACCGACUCAGAGGAGGAGUUGAAAGAGGCAUUCAGAGUUUUUGACAAGGAUCAGAAUGGUUUUAUUUCUGCAGCUGAGCUGCGCCAUGUAAUGACAAACCUUGGCGAGAAGCUUACUGAUGAAGAAGUUGAUGAAAUGAUAAGGGAGGCAGAUGUUGAUGGUGAUGGCCAGAUAAAUUAUGAGGAAUUUGUGAAGGUCAUGAUGGCAAAGUGAUCACCCUACUGCCACCAAAACUAAACCGAAAGAAUUCUUAAAAGGUUAAGAAAGGAUUCCUAUUUUUCUUUUUUCCUUUUGUAGCGAUUUUAAUCUGAUGCUUUUGGAUCAAGCUCAAAAGGUUGUUCGUAGUGAUGGUUUGUUUGGUGUUUAUUUUUAAUGUGUCUAGUGUCUUGCUAAACUAAAUUUUCUUUGGCAAUUUAUGUUUUCAUUUUCUAAUUUCCAUAAACUUGAUCUAUCAGUAUACAAUGCUUUCUGUCUAAUUUUAUUGUGCAUUGAUGCUGUGUA